AUGAUUUUCGAGCCGGCCGAACGGGUGCUACUGCCCACCAAGGACCUUUUGUCUUACAUUUUUGACGCACCUCCAUAUGACCAGGACAAGCCGAUCUACAUUGACGCCCAGAACCCUUCGCGUUCGAUUUCAUGCAACGAAGCUCGCAAAUUGAUCCGUCGUCUCGUUGCUGGCCUCAGAGCUGCUGGCUUGCGCAAAGGCGAGUGCGUGCUUAUUCAUUCGUUCAAUGAUAUCAACUACAGCAUCCUCGUGCUUGCCAUCAUCGGAGCCGGUGGGGUUUUCACGGGAUCAAACCCGGCCUACACCCAACACGAGCUAGCUCACCAUAUCAAAGCUUCAGAGAGUAAAUUUUUGAUCUCCGAGCCGGAGAUACUUGAUUCUCUUCUCCGCGCGGCUGCAGAAACAGGCAUCCCUGACCGUCAUGUUUGGGUUUUCGACAACCACAACCAGCCAAUUCCUUCCAAAAGACAAUCCUGGAAAGAGCUUUUGAGCUCCGGCGAAGAGGACUGGGUCAGAUUUGAUGAUCUAGAAACCGCCAAAUCCACCACGGCCGCGAGGCUUUUCAGUAGUGGAACAACCGGCCUUCCUAAGGCUGUUAAAAUCACGCACUACAAUUUGAUUGCCCAGCAUGAGCUGGUGCUCGGGGUGAACACUCGCCCGUAUCCUAUCUCGCGCAUCAUUGCCGUCCCCGUUUUCCACGCUUCGGCUGCUCCUGUCACCCAUAUAUCCACAUUGAAGGAGGGAAAUUCGGCCUAUAUGAUGCGAAGAUUUGAUCUUCAAGGUUUCUUGUCUGCUGUGGAGAAGUUUAAUGUCACCGAUCUCGCCAUGGUGCCCCCCAUAGUCAUCGCGAUUUUGAUGUCCCCUCUCUCCCAGAAGCGCCCAUUCCUUCGCAAGGUUCGCGCUGCGGCAUGUGGAGCCGCGCCUUUGGAUAAGGAUGUUCAGGCCCGAUUCCGCUCAAUGAUGAGUGAGAGCAGUCCCUUUACGCAAGUAUGGGGAAUGACAGAAACAUCCUGCAUAGCAACUAUGUUCCCGUUUCCGGAACAUGACAAUACUGGGUCUGUGGGACGACUCAUACCCAAUUUAGAGGCCAAACUCGUGGAUGACGAUGGCAAUAACAUCUCUGCUUAUGAUGUACGCGGAGAACUGUGUGUUCGAGGACCUACAGUGACUCCGGGAUACCACAAGAACCCAGAGGCCAAUGCCCAAAGUUUCGAUUCGGAUGGAUGGUUCCAUACUGGAGAUAUUGCCUACUGUGACAAGAAUACACGGAAGUGGUAUAUCGUUGACCGGAAGAAAGAGCUCAUUAAAGUCCGGGGGUUUCAGGUAGCUCCGCCAGAACUUGAAGCGGUUCUACUCUCACACCCAGAGAUAAUUGAUGCAGCAGUAAUUGGCAUAACUAUACCAGGUGCCAACACUGAGUUCCCUCGUGCAUAUGUAGUGCGGCGACCGAAAGAAGAUGGGCCUAAACUUACCGAAGAAGGAGUCAAGGCCUACGUACUGGAGCGUCUCGCUCGGUAUAAGGCACUGACCGGUGGAGUCAAAUUUGUCGGUUCGAUUGCCAGAAAUCCUAGCGGUAAGAUCUUGAAGCGAGUUUUGAGGGACGAUGCAAAGAAGGAAAUCGAGUCAGGGGCCUUCAAGCCUCACCUUUGA